AUGAAGUCGAGUCUAUUUUUGAGCGCUCUAGUCUUUGCACUGAGCGCCUCGUCUCAGGCGACCACCUAUGACACAACUUGGGCAGGGCCAGUACGAAUAGCGGAGCGCUUCAAUGGCACCGCGGGCGGCUUCGAUCGCGUCGAGGCCACGCUCGUGAUGCCCGAGCUCAGCAUUCCGGCGAACCCGCGCCAGCAAUCAGACGAAUACACGGCAAGCUUUUGGAUCGGCUUCUCUGGUUUCUUGUCCUCUGCAACUGCCCUCUCUGGCCUAUGGCAGGCUGGCGUUGUCAUGUCCAUUUGGGAAAACGGAACGACAGAGUAUACGGGUUUCUACGAGUGGGUGCCAGAAGACCCAAUUCAAGUCAAUGCUACUGACCUGGCCAUAUCUGCCGGCGACCACCUUGAAGUCAUUCUGACCACCACAAACAACGGACUGGUCGGAUCCGUCGUCAUGACCAACCUCAACACCAGCCAGCAGUUCUCAUACAGCCAAGAUGCGCCUGUAUCGUGGCGCGGGCCGACCUGGCCUGCUCUCGGAACCUCGGCCGAGUGGAUCAUGGAAGCCGGAACUUAUCUCAACGGGCCACAAUAUAUCUUCCCUGACUGGAGCAAUGCAACUAUCAUCGGUGCAAAGGCUUGCUAUAGUGCCGAUUCAGCUUGCUUCCCGCCCGUGUCUGCAGACAAUACGUCGCUCAAUGCCAUGACGGCUGUCUACUGGAAUGAUACCCAGACACUGUAUACAAAGUCUUACGUUGAGAACGAUGUAGUCACGAUAGAGUAUGUAGAGGAGGUUGUGGAUUUAAGCUAG